AAAAGAAACAAGAAGAGAAAAUUAAAUGCCAACGAUCUCGUUCCCUGGGAGUCUCGCUUGCUCUCGCUCCCAGUCCCAGACGACUGUUGGGCCGCCGCCGCCCUAGGUCAGGUGCUGAGGCUUUCCUUGGUCUCUUCGCCGGCGACGAGCACCUACCAGGCACGCUUCUAAAUCCGGAGUUGUCAGCGUUCGCUUGAGGUGCCAAACCAGAGCACACCAUCAUGCAGGCUAGCGAUAGAUUCAACAUAAACUCUCAGCUUGAGCAUCUUCAAGCCAAAUAUGUUGGUACAGGGCAUGCUGAUUUGUCCAGAUUUGAAUGGGCUGUAAACAUCCAGAGAGACAGCUAUGCCUCUUAUAUUGGACACUAUCCAAUGCUAGCAUAUUUUGCCAUUGCUGAGAAUGAAUCGAUCGGAAGAGAACGUUACAAUUUCAUGCAGAAAAUGCUGCUUCCUUGUGGCCUCCCUCCUGAGAGAGACGAGGAUUGAGGGACUGGUGCAUAGCUUUAGUGUUUCCAAUGGGGUGUUUGCUUUUGAAUAACCAUACUAAGAAUAGCCACCAUGGACUAUGUUGUGUACUUGUGUUAAAUCUCGUAUGCCUUUGACUUGUUUUCCAUCGGUCUCUAUUGUGAUACAUAAAUAUUUGGAACUUGUAUGCAUUCUGUCAGUGUACUAUUGUAGUAUUCUUAAUGAAAUGCUGGUUCUAUCAGCGUGAAAGGAAAUUUAGUUGAAGA